UCUCCAAAAGGCGUCAGUUUUACCAAAAUGGUGACCAAAAGAAAUCAGCAGAAAGUGUAAAGACUAAAGAGCGCGUCGAUCUUCUUUCUGCGAUUCGGAGGAGGUGAUUGAUCGGUGACUGGAAAUUGUACAACAUGUCACCGGGAGAGACGGUUUCCCGGUCACUUCUUGACAAGCCUCUCAACCAACUCACUGAAGAAGACAUUUCUCAGCUCACUCGUGAAGAUUGCCGCCGAUAUCUCAAAGAGAAAGGCAUGAGGAGGCCGUCGUGGAACAAAUCGCAGGCGAUCCAGCAAGUGAUCUCUCUCAAAACGCUCUUUGAAACGACGACGGAUUCAGAGGCCACAGAGGCGCGAAAGAAGCUCUACAGUGUCCCUUCAAAUCCUGUUGUUUCAGUUAAGGAAACGAGUGAACCGGUUCCGUACCGGCGUCAGGAUCCCCCGAAGCCCGAUAUUCCGGUUAAUCCUUCCGGCCAACUGGCUGCGGACAAGGAUUCUGUUUCUUCUAGAACCACAAUUGCAGCAAGUGAGCCGGUAGGACAGAUGACAAUCUUUUACGGUGGAAAGGUGAAUGUCUAUGAUGACAUGCCUGGUGAUAAGGCACAAGCAAUAAUGCAGCUUGCUUCAAGCCCACUCCCAGUAGCACCAUCAGAGGGAAAUUCAGCACUAUGGUCUGGUCCAUGCCACUUGCAGCCUACAGGUAUCAAAGUUGGCCCAAGUUCUCCAGUGUUGAACUUCCCAACUUUACAAACAGUGAAAGUGGCAGAAAACUGUCAGCUUCCCCGGGAAGAAAGUUACAUUUCUUGCGAAGACAGCCACGAUGGCCCAACCAGCAGAAAAGCAUCAGUGCAAAGAUACCGUGAAAAGCGGAAAGACAGGUUCAAGAACAAGAGAAAAGUACCAAUGCCUUCAUCUGCUGGUUUGGAUGUCUAUUUCAACCAUUUGAUUGGAGAUGAGAUCUCAAAUGAGCAGCUGAACCAAAGUGGUGGCUGCUCUACUCCCAAAUCCAGACCACCUAACAUGCCCAUUGGUUGCGGCUUGGUUGAAAAUUUUUCGUUUGUUUCCAAUCACUCUGCUAAUUUCAAUGACAAAGAUGUUCAGGAAUGUUGAGUAUAGAGCGGACGGAUCUACUGUGACAUCGUUGCUGGCAGAGAGUUGUUUGGAGCCUGGGCAUAUUUAUCCUAGUUAACCAUAUGGUAAGUACGUAGAUGCAUUAUGUAGCCUUCCUCGGUUGCUUCAAGUACAUUUUGAAUUGGAUGAGAAAGAAGAUCACAGUUUCUGCAUGCCAUUUCCGUUUUGAUGUGCAUGAAAUAAAUGAUCAUAAUUCCAAAGGCUUAAAAAAGAGGAUUGUUGUCAGUUGUCACCGGAGUUAAUAGCUUAUUUUUAACUAAACUUAAGCAUCCAAACCU